UCUUUAUUACUUCAAGACAUAUAAUCUUCUAGAACUCAUCUCUACCCCGCUGUAUGUCUUUCCAUCCCGGAGGCCCCUUGUACUUCAUACUCUUCGUACCUGAACAAACUAGACCAUGAAUUCAGUCAUCCAACAGUUAUGUAGGGCUCUACAUAAACCAGCAACAGCCAAAAGAUACCGGGAUGCCGGGAUAGGGCUGGCGUUUAUUGGAUUGAACCAGGUUCUGGUUGUUCCUAUCCAGAUCACCCUUGAUCUCUACUCCAUAAACCUCCCCGCCUCUAUCCUGGUGAUGCUUCUCUUCUCUCUCCUCCUCCUCACCGCUAACUACAUUCAUGGGGGAACUGAGAAGCUAUACUCCAAGCAUCUACGCGGGCCGACUGACUUCCUUGGCCGGCACAUGUCUUUCGGGUUUGUAGCAUCCUUCAUAAUGCUCAACAGAGACCACAUAUCCAAUGUCAUAGACGUCCCUAGGAUUGCCGGGGCUUUUUUCAUUACCACCCUUGCAGGCUAUAUUAGCACAUACUUGGUUGCUUUCGGGAGUUCCAAGCUAGAACAGCGACUACGAGGUGUACGAGAGAAAAUUUCCGACGUCGAAAGCCGCCCUAAAUGCUGGCCUAGCCCCUCCGCAGCAUGGCCGGCUCCGCCAACAGAUAGGAGUGCUAAGCGGAUAUCUCAAUUGUCUCGGCUAAGUGUGGCUAUAUCGAACGAGAGGUCUCUUAUUUUGGCCGAAGCGGUGAAAGGAGGUCCAGUCUCGCAACUUAUAGAACAGAUCGUACGCACAGGUCCGCUAUGGAUUUGCAUCUUUCUACUUGCCGUUGUCGGGGUUCCGGUAUAUUUCACGACUAGGUACGAGGCACCAUUUGAGGUUCUAUGCUUCAUCCUAUUCUGGAUUUUAUCCGUCCAGUUUCAGAGGUCAUUAAAGAGUUCAUACCGUCUACUAAGGUUUCCGUACCUAAGAUCGGUAAUGGUCAUGGCUGCGAAUCCGGUGCUCGUGACUUGGGCAAUUGGAACAGCUUAUCUCUGGAUUAAGACAGGAUAUAGAGGACAAAGUAUCGAUGUCACUAUCACCGAAUUUCACUGUCAUCAGACUUUGGCGGAAGGCAUAGUUACGAUUGUAAAGGGCGGGAGGAUAUCAAAUAACAUUGGUGCUGGUGACCUAUCUGGACCGGUCUUGGAUGCUGGCAUCGUCUGUAUGGGGUUCAAGAUGUUCGAGUACCGAAAAGAGCUAUGGGAAAGUGUAUACACAGUGUUAGCCACAUGCGCAUUACUUGCCGUGGCGAACGUCUCCCUCAACGUUAUGCUCGCCCGCGCAUUGGGAUUACAGCCCGCCGACGCCCUAGCCUUUGCCGCCCGAUCUGUUACUAUUGCUCUUGGGGUGCCGGCGAUUGAAAGCUUGGGCGGUAGCACUACGCUCAUGAGUGCACUUGUUAUUUUUGGCGGGAUCAUUUUCCAGAUGGGCGGAGAUUGGCUUUUCUCACUCCUGCGGAUUAAUGACCAGGAGCGCCAGCUGAAAUCUAGCGACUCCAAUAACAGUAGUUACACGGAAACUACAGGGUCUACGGAUAUGUGGAACGAGAAAGACAUGCAAAAGCAGAUUACUAGGACCGACAAUGAGGUGAUCGCAGUCGGUGUGACUGUAGGCAUCAACGCAGCAGCGAUGGGCACAGCGCAUCUGAUAGAGCGGGAUUCGAGAGCUACAGCAUAUUCCGCAUUGUCAAUGACGGUGUUUGGGGCCAUGACGGUAGCACUUACGGCGGUCCCUAGUGUCUCGGAGAUUAUUGUAUCUCUAGCAUCGAGAUGAGGCAAAUGCCAUAUUUUAGAGUCCCUAGUUAGC